AUGUCACUUGCUUUUACGGAACAGAACAAUAACAUCCAGGGGAAAAUGGCUGACGAUAGCGUUCCAGAUAUAACCAGAUUUCAAAUGUAUUUAUUUGGUUGUACACUCAAAUCGGACAGAAAGGAGUUCAAAGUUGAGGAGGAGGAUGAUGCGGAUCAUCAGCUGUCACUCAAAGCAGUGUGCCUGGGUGCUGAGGCAGAGGAUAAGUUUCACACGGUGGAGAUCGAGGGCGUCACAUACGACGGAAAGACCACCAAAAUUCCACUGGCUGUGCUGAAGCCGUCUGUGCUGCCCUCUAUGAGUUUAGGAGGGUUUGGGAUCACCCCUCCAGUAACCUUCCGCCUCCAGUCUGGCUGUGGACCAGUGUACAUCAGUGGACAGCAUUUUAUCAAUGUGAAGGACUCUGAUGACGAAGAAGAGGAAAACAGCUCGUCACCUGUGAAGAGGCCAUCAAGCUUGACCUCUGGGAAGCGUCCAGCUCUGAAGAAACUGAAAAUGGAGUCAAAUGAUGAUGAUGAUAGCGAUGAAGAUGACGACGAUGAUGAUGACGAUGACAACGACGAUGAUAGUGAUGAAGAUGAGAGUGACGUGAAAGUACAGAAGGUCCCAGUCAAACCAACCAUAAAGAAAAGCCCAGAGCCUUUGGGGCAGAAGCCUAAAAGUGUGACAUUGGCGCAGAAUGGCUCACCAGGGAAUCAAGGGGGACCAUUGGCUAAACCUCAAACCAAGACACCAGUGGGAGGAAAAGACAAGAGUCAGAAGGAAAAGUCUGGAGCUGGCCCAUCCAAUGUUCUCACCGUGCCUGAAAUCAAGAGCAAGCUAGCGUCGUUAGCCAAAGAGGGAAAACCUCUUCCGAAGACCGAGGCAAAGUUUGAAAAUUUUGCCAAAUGUUCUUUAAGGAUGUCAGAUAAAAAAGUGGUUAAAGACCUCUGGAACUUUGUACAAACAUUGAAAACAGAGAAGAAAUAAGUCAUUGCAUUUCUUACAGUUAUGUUUGAUUUUUUUUGUUAUCUCCUCUAUGCUUUCCCCAAGAACAUUGAAGCUCUAAUGUUUUAACCCAUUACUAAGAGCCUCAGGGAAUACAUGUGUAACAAUCCCCCCCCCUAAAGAAAUGGUGUUAGCCUACUGUUGGUGUCCAUCGGGGAGCCAUAGUUCUUUGCACUAUGUGGAUGUUUUGCAAACUGUUUCAUAUGUUCAAUCAAGUCCCUGCUUAUUAAAGGAAUAGUUCAUAACAUGA